GAAAGUUGUCUUACUUCCGGUUAGAGGAAAGCUAUUUCCGCGCGGUAACUUGGAGGAUGCUCUUACGAACGGCACUGCUAGGAGGUACUCGAUUUUUGCUGGCACCCCGGCAAGGAAAUUCUUCCGGCCAGCAAUGUCUGAGGUGGUGGCAGCUCCUGCAGAAACGGGCACAACACAGUGCAGUGUCAGAAGCAGCUUCACAUUCCAGAGUGGCAGUACCACCUGUACCCAAUGCUGUGACAGACCAAACCAUAGGACGUUGGCUCAUAAUCUGCAGCGGUACUGUGGCUGGAGCUGUGGUACUUGGUGGCAUUACUAGGUUGACAGAAUCUGGGCUCUCAAUGGUUGACUGGCACUUAGUGCGGGAGAUGAAGCCUCCUCAAACACAGGAGGACUGGGAGGCAGAAUUUCUAAAGUAUCAGCAAUUUCCAGAAUUUAAAAUCCUGAACCAUGACAUGACACUGACAGAGUUCAAAUUCAUCUGGUACAUGGAGUAUUCACAUCGUAUGUGGGGGCGACUGGUAGGGUUGGCUUACAUCCUUCCAGCAGCCUACUUCUGGAGAAAGGGCUACUUGAGCCAAUCCUUGAAAGGUCAUGUCCUCGCCCUGUGCGGGCUUGUCUGUUUUCAGGUAGGAAUGGCUAUUGGAAUUUAG